AUGUCUAGUCAACAAAAUGAUACAUCUACUCCUAUUCCCAAGGCUUCAAGUGGGGUAGAUAAACCAACAAACCCACAUCAAGUAAUCCCUCCUGAAUCAGAAGAUAUCAUAACCGGUGUAUCUAAUGGUGAUGUCGAUUGGUUAUUUAGAGGAAAAUCAAAAAAAUUGGUAAAGAAAAUGUCAACCAAUCAAAAAGAUGAUAAAGGUGAUCAUAAACCAAAAAAAGAUUCUUCAACUAAUACUACUACUAAUACCACUACUAAGUCAGAUGUUAAACAAUCUCAACCUUCUACAAAUGACAAACCAUCAGUUGAAAAACCAAAAAUUGAAGUUGAUACUAGUUUGAAAACUACCCAAGAAACAUCGCUGGUUGCGACUGGUGACCAGCAGAAAUCAACGACAACUGCAACUGCACCACUAGCAGAACAUAAAUCAAAACCUACAACCCCGGUAGCCCAAAAACAACAACAGCAACAACAACCACAACCAUCGAGUCCUAUUACUUCCACUCAGAAACAACCAGAAAAAGUUUCAAAGUUAAGUAAAUUAAGAAUUGGUCGUUCACGAUCUGCAUCUGCUUCAGUAGCCCAAAUUGCUACAUCAAAUGCCACUACUACACCAACUAAUACUACAGAAGCCAAGCCUGUUAAAAAAAGAAGAGAAAGUAUUAAUUUUGUUCCCCCAUCAUUAACUAGUGAUUUAGCUUACGAUGACCCAGAAGCAUCUGUAUUGAAAUCACAAAGUACUAGCACUUCCAAUAAUACCAAUUCUUCGGCAUCUACCUCACCCGGUGUUUCACGUUCAAACAGUAAAAAAGGUUUAUUUAGUUCAUUGUCAUCUAAAUUUAGAUCCCUGUCAUCAAAGACAACCCCUACUAAUUCCAGCCCGGCAACACCAGCUCCUCAAUCACAGCAACCACCACCACAACAACAACAACCUACCACAGAUAAUCAUCAUCAUGCUAACCCUGCAUUCGUUGGUUCCGUUACUAAAUCUCAAAAAGAACAAGAGGACUUGAUCUCACUGACAAAAACAGCUCCUGCUGGAAUGGGUAUUCCUAUUAAACGUAAGACACUGAAUACAAAAUCAUCUUCCAAUGGUGGCAGUCCGAUAUUUAAGGAAUCAUUCCAUGAUGAAAACACUAAUCAUCAUCACCAUCACCACCCACAUCUCCCUCACUUUCCACAUCAACAACAUGGAUCACCUAGUAGUUCGCCAUCUGAAGGUACUGGUUUAAGAUUCUUUAAAAGACGUGGAUCAUCUGUGGUUGCCGCCAAUACAACCACCCCAAGAGUUGUUUUAAAUAAAAACCCGAAUCGUGAAAAAGUCACUAUUGAAGAUUUACGAGACCUUAAAUUACGUCGUGUGGCAUUUUCUGUUGAUAAACUUGAACAUGAUCCACAACAGCAAAUUCCAGCAAGAAAACCUAAACGUGGUAAUGUUUUGAUUCCUCAAGAUAUAAAUGCUCCUGUUCCUAGAUUGAACCUUGGUAUUUCUGUUGAAAACAAAGAUAAUCAACCAACUAAUCAUGCUAAGGAAUCUCAAUACUCAGAUAAAGAAAUAGCCUUGGCUGAAGAAGCCCAACGUAAAGCAUUGAUUGAAGCUGAAAAACAUGCACAAGAAGCUCAUAAACAGGCCAAGAAAAUUGCUUUAGAAGUUGCCACCUUUAAAAAUCAAAAUAUUGGAUCAAUCAAAGAAGGUGGAUCGGGAGGAAAUGAAGAUGAAGAAGAUGAUGAAAAGGACACUGCCGUGGAUGAACACGUGGCCAACGAUGUUUCAGUCGAUGGUCCUUUGCAUGUCCAUGAACAACAUUUUGAAGAUGAAAUUCAUACUGAAGGUGGUACUGUUUCUUUGGAAACCAUCUAUACUAGAUGUUGUCAUUUAAGAGAAAUUUUACCAAUUCCAGCUACUCUCAGACAACUUAAGAAUAAAACAGCCCCUUUGGAAGUUUUGAAAAUGUUGAAUCCAAAACCUACAUUGAUUGAUGUUUUAUCAUUUAGUGAUUUUAUUGCCAUCACCCCUAUCAAUACUGUUAUUUUCGACAAUGUUACAAUGACAACUGAAAUGUUGAAGAAUUUCUUGGGGUCUUUGAUUUAUAACAAGCAAUUGGAGAAAUUAUCUUUACGUAAUGUUGCCAUUGACGAAAUGGGAUGGAAAUAUUUAUGUAAAUUUUUGGCCAAGAAUAAAACCAUCAAGAAGUUGGAUAUUUCUCAACAAAGAAUCAAGCAAGAUACACCAGAGACUUCAAUCCGUGGUAACAUGAAUUGGGAAUUGUUUAUUCAAUCAUUGAUUUUACGUGGUGGUAUUGAAGAGUUGGUCAUCAAUGGAUGUAAAUUAUCCGAUGAAGUGUUUGAAAAAUUAAUCAACAAGGCAGUUAAGAUAACCACUUAUAGAUUGGGUAUUGCUGGUGUGGAAUUAAGCGUAAACAAGGCACAAAUUGUUGCUGAUUGGUUGACGGAUCCAAAUUCACAAUGUGUUGGUGUCGAUGUUGCAUUUAAUGAUUUAAGUCAAGGUCAAUUGCAACCAUUCAUUAAUGCAUUCAACAAAGGUGUUUCCCAUUUGGUAUUUUUCAGUUUAAACUCUACCAGUUUACUGAAUGUUGAAGAAACUUCGGAAUUGAUCCAAGCCAUGGUCAAUGUCAAGACUUUAAGAUUUUUGGAUUUAAGUGCAAUUCCACAAGUUUUCCCAGCAAUUAUUUCCAGUUUAGCUAAAUUCUUGCCGUUAUAUUCCAAUUUGAAGAGAAUCCAUUUUGAUCUUAAUGAGUUGUCUGAAAAGGCAAUUGGUUUGAUUGCCGCAGUGUUGGUUAAAGUCCCACAUUUGGUUCAUGUAUCAUUGUUGGGAAAUCCAAACUUGACUAAUACCUCGGCAGCUGCGUUAUAUUCAGCAGUUAAACACUCACAUACUUUGUUUGCAUUGGAUAUAGAUUAUGAUUUGAUUUCCGACGAGUUAUCACAACGUAUUGCAUUUUAUUUGAUGAGAAAUAUGGACAGAUCUUUAAAACCUGAAUAUCCACUUGAAAACACCACUGAUAAACCAGAAGAUUUGAUGUUUGAUGGAUCAUUGUUGAUGGAAACAGCUGAGAAAAUGUUCCGUGAAACCGAUAAAGGUGGUAAAGAUGAAAUCAAGAUGCAAAAGCUUAUUUCAGAAACUAUUUUUGAAAGAACAAAAGCUAUUAGAAAAGAUAUUCACAAGACUAUUAAUACUUUAUUUGAACAAAGAAAUCAAGGUACAUUAUCAUUUGAAGGUAAAGAAAAUUUGGUCAGAUUUUGUUUAUUAGAUUCAACAUUGGAAAAGUUGGUUCAUAUGUAUGAAGAACAUGCAAAGACUUUAAUUACUCCAUCUCAAUCUACAAACACUACGAAUGAUUCUAGUGGAGUUAUAGGUACUGGUUCCACUCCAGAUAAGACCAACACAAGUUUAUCAGCUCCAUUGAUGCAUCCUACUAUUAAUAUUCAUGAAAAUGCCAAUGAAUUAAUCACUGCUGGUCCUAUUUUAUCUCCUCAUGUAAAUAGAGAAGGAGAACAAAGUUCAUAUUUCUUACCAAUGCCAAAGGAUCAGGAGGAUAACCACUUAACUCCACAUCAAGUUGUUAUUGAUUCUGCUAAUGGUAAAAAUAUCCCUAUUGAUAAUUUGACCGGGCGUCCUGUUUUAAUGCAUUCUUUAAGUUCAACUUCAGUUCAUGCUAAAGAACAAGAAAUUGAAGAAGGUGAAUUCCAUAAAUUUGGAUUCUAUUUACAGCAACAAAAUACCGAAAAGCCAAAUGAUGAUAUUCCAAUUUUAAAUACCUUGCCAUCAGGAGCAGAAUUAAGAGAUGCUAUUAUGGCUGCUAAAGGUGUGGAUAAUGUUAAUGAAUUAAUUGAUAGAAUUAACAAUCAUUGUGUUAAAAUUGAUGGUGUCAAGCAUCAUGAACAACAGCAGCAGAAGCAACAACAACAAAAACCAUCAAAAGAAGAACAAAACCAUGCUAUCAAACAAGAUCAUGCUACAGCUAUAGAAGAAGUUGAAAUAUCUGAUACUGAUUCUAUUGAUUCUCAUGAACAUCCAAGAACUGUUGAUCCAGUUGUCAAUGAAGUCUAUGAUAAGUUAUUAAAUGCUGCAGAAAAAGUUAGACUGAAUAAAGAUAUAUAG